AUGAAGGCGUAUAGGGCCCAUGCUUAUCACCAGUUUCCUGUUUUCCAUGGUGCUAAGAGGAUGAGAGUCAUUGACUCCCCCAGGAUGGGACACCAGUCCAUCGCAGGUUCACCCCCAGCGAAUAGGGAAACUCUAAAGGAACCAAUUAAACAAGAAACUCAGCAUGUAGAUCUUACCCAGCAUACAGAAUCCUCAGAGGCUGCAUCAACAGAAUGUUCCCCAUCUCAUACUACAGAGUCUUUUAAGGCCCAAUCAGCAGAGACAUGCACAUCUCAAAUGUCUUCAACAGAAAAAAAAAACAUAUUUACAAAUGAAAAGAUCACAUCAGAAAUAAAAACCAAACUUGCCUCAAAGAUCAAAAAGAGACCCCAUAGACCAUGCCCAUUUUGCAACAAAAUGCAGUCGGCACUAAGCAGACACAUACAGAAGUGUCACAAAGAGGAAGAAGAGGUUAAAGCUGCACUAAAGUUGCCAGGACCAGAAAAGCAACAAGCUUUUAAAAACAUGAAAAGACAAGGAAUUUAUCAGUACAAUGUUAAAGCGCUAUGCAAUGAGUCUGAAGAAGAACUGAUAAAAGAAAGAAAAACUGCUGCACAUAAAUCUUACACACAAAUGGCAAUGUGUUCCCUUUGCAAGGCAUUUUUAAAUAAAAAUACAAUGCAUCGCCAUAAAAAAAUAUGUAAAAGGGCAGAGGAAACAACAAUACCACCUUGUGGAAUUUCACUAAAUGUGUUUAAAGAAGUAGAGUAUCCUGCAAGUUAUGUUCAGUUUGUGUACACUAGAAUUCAAGCAGAUGAUGUUGGGAUGAAAAUAAGGGAUGAUACCUUCAUUAAGGACUAUGGUUUCAUGGAGUACCAAGCAAUAGAGGGAUCAAGUUUCAAACUGACAGAAAAACUAAAUACACUGCGAUCAAAAUUGAGAAGACUUGCCAGGCUUUUCAUGGAGUUUCAAAAAAUUGCUUCAGAGGCGGGAGUUGUAGUAAAACAUUGCUCUGAAAUGUUUAAUGUAAAAUCUAUUAAACUACUUAGCACUGCAGUUAAUUCUAUGACAAUUGACCCUGAAGGUGAAAUGAAAAGUGGAUUAAGAUUGGGGCUAAGAUCUUUAAUUCUUGAAGUGAGCAACUCAAUCUACUCCACUCACAUGCUUAUGGGAGAAGACGACAAAGCGCUUGAGGCUGAGAAGUUUAGAAAAGUCCUUCAAGUUCGAUGGAAAUCUUUCUUUAGAUCAGCACAGGAAGCAAUUAUUAAGAAGAGGCAAAAUGAAUCAAGAGACCCAAAACGUCUGCCCUCUGUUGAGGAUAUUAGGCAAAUUCAACAGUUUACAAAAAGCAGUGUAAAAGAAUUAGUAAGUGAUGCAGCAUAUUCACUAAUGACCCAAACUUUGUUUUGUAAACUUAGAAACUUCAUUGCCAGUCGUCUAACAUUAUUUAAUGCUAGAAGAGGAGGGGAAGCAACUAGACUCACUGUUUCAGAGUUAAAGGAUGCUUUUAAAGACAAAUGGGUAGAUGAGUCAUUUAUAAAGAAAGACACUGAAAGUGAUGAUUUUGAAAAAAUGGCAUGUCAGCUUAAAUGUGCUUAUCUACAUUCUUCUAAGAAGUCAGAACUAGUGCCUGUCAUAAUUCCAGAGGAUUGCUGGAAGGGACUCCAAAUGCUUGCUGAUGUUGAAAAUAGAAAACUGGCGGGCAUACAUCCUCAAAAUGAAUUUGUAUUUGCCAAUACCGAAGAUUCAGUUGACCAUGUGAGUGGAUGGCAAUGUGUACGUGAUGUAUGUGAGAAAGCCGAUGUGCCUAGAAACAUAACUGCAACGGAUAUGAGACAUUUUGUAGCUACUCACUAUGCAUCCCUAGAAGUUCCUCAGCAGGAAAGAGACUUUUUUAUCCAAAAACAUAUGGGUCAUUCAAAAUUUAUAAAUGAAAAUGUUUACCAGUGCCCUCCUGCUCUCAGAGAGAUAAAAAUGGCAGGAAAAUUUCUAAUGACACUGGAUUCAUAUGAAGGUGAAAAUGAAAUAGUUGACCAAAAUGAAAUCAACAGCAGUCUGUGUAUUCCAGAAGAAGCGUUGUCAAAUGAGAACAGUUGCAUUGAUGAAACUUAUAAACCUGACAGCGAAAUUGACUCUGUGAAAGAACAGUCCAAGAAUGAACAUGGAAUUAAACGAAAGUAUAUUAGUAGACCUCAGGAAGCAAAGAGAUCAAGGAAGGAUGUUGAUGAGUCUGAUUCAUCAAGUGAACAUGAUGUCGGACCAGAAGAAAUCAAAGAAAUAAGACAAGAGCUUGACCUUAAUAUAAAGUCUAGAAGUAAACGACACAUCUGGACAAACGAUGAAAAUUCACUUAUAAGUGGAUAUUUUGCUGAAGAAAUAAAAAAUAGAGAAGAAGAAGGAAACAAAGGGGCAUUGAAUAGUAAGAUAAUACCAAGAUCCCUAUCUGUUACCACGAUUUUUAUUUUAUUUUUCUAGAUUCAUGGGCAACACCGAAUACAAUGUACAUUACUGUAAAAGAAGAGGAGGGUAGAGUAUUUUAUUCUUGUUUGUCUGUCUGGGUGUCCAUAAAAAAAUAUUCUCAUAAGCUAUUAAUUGCAGAUGCUUAAAAUUUUAACACACUAUCUGUUUUGGCAUGCCAUAUGAUGGGAUUCAAUUUUGUACAAAAUUAAUUUGGUGUCAACUCCCUGUAAAUGAUUACUGUUUAUUUUAAGACUUCAAAUUUCAAACUUGUGUCUCGGCAACAACUCAUCACAAAUGUCUGAAAUUUUAACACGCUACUUAUUUGGGAAUGCCACAUAGUGGAAUUUAUUUUUUAAAUAAUAAAUCUGAUGCCAAUUACCUUUUAAAUGAUGAUCUGUUUGAUGAAUUUUCAAACAAAUUUUUGUUGCCAUUUUCUCGUUGCAGAUGUCUGAAAUUUUAGCACACUAGUUCUUUAGGCAUGCCUUACGUAUACUGUGGGAUUUAUUUUGAACAAAUUAAGUGUCAACUUGCUGUUAAAUUACCAUUUUGUUUAUUAUUUGUAUUCGCAUCAUAGCUGGGAUAUCACGAGUGAACAUUCAUGCCAACUAUGAUUUUCAUAAAACAUGAUAUUGGUGACCCACCAUUUAAAUAAGAUACAAUAUCAGUAGUAAAUUGCAUGAAGAAUUUAAUGAUACUUAUUGUUUUCACAGACUUCACAUAUAAAUAAGGUAAAUCAGUCCAAAACUAGCGCACGUUUUUGUGAGCAAUAAAUGCACAUUUUUUUCCAUGGGUGGCACUGUAUCUCCCAGGUCAUCCAUCUGAAACUCCUUUCCGAAUUUUUUCAGACCAGAAGCUACAGACAUGCAGCUAGUUAGAAAAGUGAUUUGAUAAUGAACAUAAAGAUUUCCAUGGGGAAAAUGAAUUUCUAUGUAAAUAGAUAUACAUUUAUCAUACAGCAUUGUCCAGAUAUUUUAUAUUAUGAUUUCAUGAAGCUUAAUUUCCUCUGAACAAUUCUUGGGCUUCACAAGUUUGAUGUAGGUUUAUAUCCCAUUUGAUUUAGAUCGUCUUGAGAGCUGUAAUGCUCAAUAUGUGAAAUGACUUUACUUUGACAAAAAGGGAUCAAUGAUAAAAUGAAUAUCCAGGGGAAAAAUUGAUUUUUUCAAAUACAGGAUCUGUUAGACUACAUUAUUCAUAUUUUUUAUGGUGUAUUACUUUGUAAAGCAGGUUUUAUAAUGUCUAUUGUUGCUCAGGUGAGCAAUGUGGCCCAUGGGCCUCUUGUUUUAUUUAGGGAAACUGCCCAUCCAUGUAUGCAAUAGGGCUAUCCACUGUUUUAGUUGUAGGAUAAAGAUAAGCUCUUUGUAAAGACCCAUUACAAAGUCACAUCAUUUUAAGUGUUUACUUUUAGGGGCAUAUUUGUACAUCAAACACAUCUUGUUCUGGGUUUUUUUCUACAGUAAAGGAUAAGGUCAAGAGGUUUAUUGAACAAUACCCAGACUUUCUGAAGGAAGAAGAAGUUGCUAAGAGGAAAUCCAUGAUCAGAAUAAAGGUUAUAAACAACAGAAGAAGAUUUAGAGAAGAGUUUUUUAAAAAAUAUGGACCAUUAUUUAAUUGUGAAAAAAAGGAGAGAACAAAAUAAGCAUAUUGGAGUCAUGAAGCAGAAGGAUUCAUGUUGGAAUUUGAUAGGACUGUUCAAAUAGCAGGUCUUUAAGCAUUAAAUGUGGAAUUGAUACUGGAAUUUUUAAGCCGAAGAACAGAAGAAUUCAUUCUGGAAACUUAAAGUAAAAAGAAAAUAAUGAAGAAAUUCUUGAUUUCCAUUCAAAGUCAGGAGUGAUGAACAUUAGCCUCUAUAGCCUCAUGUUGAAGAAUUCAUAUUGGAGUCAUCAACCUGAGGAGCAAGUUUUAUAAUUAUUAGCUUUCUGCAGAAGAACUUAUAUAGGAGUUUUCAAAUAGAAGAUUUCAUAUUGGAGUCUUCAUUUAGAAGAUUUC